AUGACUAAAAGGAAAGUAAGUCAAACUAAAUUAAUCAAUGUAUUUCGACUUGAACUAGAUGCCGAUGGAUCACUUAGCAAAGAAAACCAAUAUAUAAGACUUCCACCACCUGUUAGUCCUUAUAUAUUACGAUUUAAUAUUCGUGCCGGUUCGAUUGCUUCUCACGGGGGAAUUCUUUACACUAAUUAUCCAAUAGAUGGCUCAGAGUUUGAUAGAGCCAAAUUUCAUUCAAAAAGAUUUCCAAUUGAAUUCACGAGACCUCUCAAUAACGACAUUGUCAUUCAAAGAUCAGGUGCCUUUGAAUUCUACGUGGAAUAUAAAGGAUUAGAUUCAAAAUUAACGAAAUCUUCUGUAAAAUGUUAUUUUACGGUUGAUCCGCUAUUACAUGUCAUUCCACGACAUCGAAUACUAUCAUCUGAGCCAAUUUCUUCGGAGCCAGCGGUUGCACUUCCACUCGAUGGCAUAGUUAUUCAAUCAGUUCUUCCUAAACUCCUAGGAAAACUUUCGGAAUGGGAUCCUCACAUUAAAGCUAUAUCCGAUCUUGGAUAUAAUAUGAUUCAUUUUGUACCAAUGCAAACGCGUGGUCUUUCUAAUUCACCUUACUCCAUAUAUGAUCAAUUAUCUUUUUCGAAUGAUUUAUUUGAACCUGAAGAUUAUUCGAAGAAUCCCAAUGAAAAUAUUGAAAUUGUUCAAAAAACAAUAAAGAGAAUUGAGCAAGAAUAUGGAAUUCUCAGCGUUACUGAUGUUGUUUGGAAUCAUACUGCUUGUAAUAGUAACUGGCUUGAAGAACAUCCCGAAGCUGGAUAUAACUUGAUUAAUUCGCCUCAUUUAACUCCUGCUUAUGAACUUGAUGCUUCAUUACUUGAAUUUUCUUCUAAACUUGCUAAUUUGGGGUUUCCAACAUUGAUUAAGAACGAGGAAGAUUUGGAUUUAAUUGUUGAUGGUAUUAAAGAGCACGUGAUUAAUAAACUUCGCUUGUGGGAAUACUAUGUCAUAGAUGUUAAAGAAGCUGUAAAUGAAUUUAAAGAUGCAUUAAACAAACCGUGGCCAUCUUCUCGUGAAGAUAUUGAUCUUGCUGCCUUAUCUCUUAAAGAGCAAGCUAAAUUGUUAAAGGAUAAGGCUCUUUAUUACAAAGGAACCUUUGGUCAUAGAUUUUUUAAAAAGAUGAACUGUGAGAGUUCUAUUACAUUUGUUCUCAGUUUGAUUAAAUCUGAGAAAAGUCACAAAUGUGUCGAUGGUAUUAUAGUGGAUGAAAACUCAACCAAAACCAAAAAAUUAGUUUCAAAUAAAAUAUCAGAUGGUGAUAUCAAGAAGAUAGAUAGAUUUGUAAAUUUGGCUGAUGACAAAUCGGAAAAACCGAAUUCAACGGAUGUCAAAGUUACAGGAAAACAGUAUUCAAAUGAAGAAUAUGAUGUCAAUAUUACAGCAAAACAGAAUUCAAAUGAAGAAUCGGAUGUCAACGCUACAGAUAAACAGGACAAAUUAAAACUUAUGGAACAAAUGAUUAAAAAAUUUGAGGCACUUGUUAAUGAAAUUAAUUUGCCUUUUUAUAUUUUAUAUGAUGAUGAAGUUACUACUAUUCUUGAUAAUUUAUGGAAUAGGAUUAAGUACUUGCGACUUGACCCUAAUGGUCCUAAGCAGGGAGAAAUCCAUAAAAAGUAUACUCUCACUGAACAUUAUUUUACACAAAUUCCAUUGAAUGAGCAUACAAAGAAACAUCCAAAGGGUGCAUUGGUUGUUGCAAAUAAUGGUUGGAUUUGGAACGCAAAUCCAUUACAAGAUUUUGCAAGUAAUAAAUCAUUUGCUUAUUUAAGAAGAGAAGUUAUAGUAUGGGGUGAUUGUGUUAAGUUACGAUAUGGAAAAUGUAGAGAUGAUUCACCAUGGUUAUGGGAUCACAUGAAGAAAUAUACUAUCCAACUUGCCAACCUAUUUCAUGGAUUUAGAAUUGAUAAUUGUCAUUCUACCCCAAUUCAUGUCGCACAAUAUCUUCUUGAUGCGGCACGUCAGAUUCGUCCAAAUUUAUAUGUAUUUGCGGAAUUAUUCACAGGUUCAGAAGAAAUGGAUAUCAAAUUUGUAAGCAGACUUGGAAUAAAUUCCCUUAUCAGAGAAGCUAUGCAAGCGUGGGAUUCACGUGAAUUAAGUCGUUUAGUUCACCGGCAUGGAGCAAAACCAAUUGGCUCUAUGGAUACUGAAUGUAUUACCCAUAAAUCUACUUGUAAAAGUCUAAAUGAAAAAUUAGAUGUACCAUGUCUUAUUACACCUGUAUUUGGAUCAAAACCACAUGCACUUUUCAUGGAUUGUACUCAUGAUAAUGAAACUCCUCAUCAAAAACGUAUUGCAGAGGAUACUUUAUCCAAUGGUGCGCUUGUGGAAAUGAGUGCUUGUGCUGUUGGUAGUGUUAAAGGGUAUGAUGAAGUUUAUCCAGAAAUUAUAGAUUUGGUAAAAGAAACAAGACCUUACGCGAUAUAUAAGAAACCUUUAGAUAUUGGUAUCGGAAGAGAUGGAUAUAAUGAAACUCAUGUGCAUCAUGAAAAUGAUUAUAUUGUCGUGCAUAGAUGCCAUCCUCAUACGCAUAAAGGUUAUUUAUUAGUCGCACAUUGUGCAUUUUCCAAUUCGGUAAUAAAACAUGGUGAUUUAUCUCCUAUAAAAUUAAGAGGGACUAAAGCAGAAUUGCUGUUUUCUACAUGUUUGGAUGUGCGUCCUCAAGAAUUUACUCCUGACAAAAAUUAUCUUUAUGGACUUCCUGCUUCUCUUAAAUCACUUAAUACACCGAUUUUACGUGAAGCUUCCGACAACCUUGGUCAUUAUACGGAAGUUGUUUUACCAAAAGAAUUUCCUUUAGGUAGCGUUAUGUUAUUGAAAACAUCAGUAUCUAAACAACAUAAUGGGUUGGAUGAAUUUUUGACAUCAGAUAUUGAAGAACCUUUUCAAGAAUUGGAUUUAGUUGAUUUAAAUAUUGUAUUAUAUCGAUGUGCUGGAGAAGAAAAUGAUGUUGUACCUGGUCACAGCGUCUAUAAUAUUCCUGGAUAUGGAGAUCUUCCAUAUUGUGGUUUAGAAGGUUUUAUGUCAGUAUUAAGAAAUAUAAUGAGUCAUAAUGAUUUGGGACAUCCAUUUUGCUCUAAUUUACGUGAAGGUCAUUGGGCAUUGGAUUAUGUAGCAAAUCGACUCGAAAGGUAUUUAGAAAUUGUACCAAGACUUCAAAAGUUAAAUCUAUGGUAUAAAGAAAGGUUUGAUGCAAUUAAAACUGCACCAAGUUUCUUGAUACCUAAAUAUUUUGCACUUGUUAUUAAAACAACAUAUACAGCUGCUACAAAACGUGUAUUAGAACAAUUAUCGCCUUUUGUACAAGAAGGUGGACCAUUUAUUCAAUCACUUGCAUUAUGUUCUAUACAGAUGUAUGGUACUGUGCUUUCUACAGGUCUACAUCCUAAAAUGAUUGGUCCAUCAAUGGCUGCUGGAUUACCUCACUUUACUUUUAAGCAUAUGAGAUGUUGGGGACGUGAUGUUUUUAUUUCAUUACGAGGUUUAUUUAUAACUACAGGAAAUUAUGAUGCAGCAAAAAAACAUAUACUUGGAUUUGCUAGUGUACUUAAACAUGGGUUAAUUCCAAACUUAUUGGACGCUGCUCGUCGUCCAAGAUUUAACUGUCGUGACGCUACAUGGUGGUUUCUUCAAUCUAUUCAAGAUUACUGUAAAUUCUCAUCUGAAGGAUUAGAAUUUCUUAAAACAUCUGUUCUACGAAGAUUUCCAAAGAAUGAUGAUGUUGUCGAAGCAGAUGAUCCUUUAGCUUAUAAAUAUGAAAGUACUAUAUUAGAGAUUAUGCAAGAAAUUUUGGAAAGACAUGCUAGAGGAAUUCAUUUUAAAGAAUGGAACGCAGGUCCCAAUUUGGAUCAUGCUAUGUCAGAAGAAGGAUUUCAAAUUGAUAUUCAGGUAGAUUGGGAAACUGGAUUAUUAUUUGGUGGUAAUAAAUUUAAUUGUGGUACUUGGAUGGAUAAAAUGGGUGAAUCUGAAAAGGCUGGUAAUAAAGGAAUACCAGCAACGCCUAGAGAUGGUGCUGCUGUUGAGAUAAUCGGAUUGUUGAAAUCUACUUUGAGAUGGGUUACUGAAUUGAAUCAACAAGGUUAUUAUCCUUGGAAGGGGGUGGAAUUACAAGAUGACCAAUCCAGGAAAUUUGUAACAUUUGCCGAAUGGAAUGAUUUAAUCCAAAAGUCAUUUGAAAAAUGUUUUUACAUUCCUAUAGAUCCCGUUGAUGAUUCAAAAUAUAAAUUGAACACAAAAUUGAUAAAUCGUAGAGGAAUAUAUAAAGAUUUAUACAAGGCUUCAAAAGAAUACGAAGAUUAUCAAUUACGACCAAAUUUUCCUAUCGCUCUUGUAGUGGCACCUGAACUAUUUGAUAAUCACCAUGCAUUACAAGCCUUGAAUAUUGCACGUGAAGUGCUUGCCGGUCCAUUGGGUAUGCGUACAUUAGAUCCCAAAGAUUGGGCAUAUCGUGGAUUCUAUGAUAACAAUAAUGAUAGUGACGAUAAAUCGAUUGCUAAAGGGUGGAAUUAUCAUCAGGGACCUCCGCAUGAAACAAUUCAUGAUAUAACGCAACAUCUUUUACCGCAUCGUAAAAUAAUUGAAACAACGCCAUUUGCCGGGUUACCUGAACUUACUAAUGCAAAUGGAGCAGAAUGUUAUCAUGCAUGUCCUACACAAGCAUGGUCUUCUGCUACUUUAUUAGAUUUAUUUGAUGAUAUUAAGAAGCUUGAAAAAACUUUAAUAUAG